UCGUUACACAAGGAUUUCUCUUGGCAGUGCGUUUUCGGAUGCGAUCAAAGAGAUUUUUCUGCGGUAUUCGUCUUGAGACAAUACUUAUUGACAAUGAUAACAGUGCUACGUAUAGCUGAGGAGCUGACGUCGGUGGAUUACCGCAAGUGGUUUUCCAGCCGAUGGUUACCCCCAUCUGAUCGGUUGCUGAGCCUGGUGCCGGUACGUACCGAUUCACCAUCCCUGCUUCCUCCAUUGGUUGAUGAACCGGGAAAGGGGUUAGCCUCGGAGCAGUCUGGGCUAUCUCAUGUCCCUAACUCAGUCGAAAGGUUGCCACCGAUGCUAGAAGAUCUUCUCGGGAACUCAGCUGUUCCAUUCAAAGAUAAAGGGGAAGCGACAACUGUGUUGCCUGCUCCUGGUAGUGAAAAUGGGGAUGAGAAAGAAGCGAAACCUCCGUGGACUAGCCUGGCUGAAAGGCCAACCAAUGAUGCAAAAGAUGAGAGUGGACCCGCCUCCCUUGAUCAGCCAAUGUCACAGGGCCAGGAUGCAUCAGGUACCUUGUCCUCUGAUCAUCAAGAUAAUGCCACUCAGCCCAUCCCUGCUACAGAGACUGGUGAUAACUCCCAAAGAGGUGAUGCUAGUCAGGUCCAAGAAGCACCACUGGAUGUUGGAACUUCACCGAGUGAUCCCAUGGGAGCCAAUGAAACAAGACAGGCCCCGCCCUCUGUACUGUUAUCGUCACCGAACAAAGACCAUGAAGCCUACAAUGCUGACGAUGAAGAGUUGAAAGAUGAGAGAGACUCCUCUUUAUCUCUACAUCUCGAAGAUCACCUCCAAAGGAUUAAGGAGGAGAGUGCCAAGCAGGAGUCAACUGUAAGAGAAGUCAAAAAAGCAGACGAAGCGAAGUUGUCACAGCCGUCGCAACUCAGAGGAGGGAAUAUGGCAGUCGCUGCUCAGAGGCCGGCACAUAAUCUUCAAGCCAGGCCAUCCGUCUCGCCUCCGAGAAGGACACCAUCUUCUUUCUCGGACUCUUCUGCGAGCUCGUCCACAGAGGAGGCUAAGGAAAUAACGAUCAAGCUAAGAUCACAAGAUGGCCAGGAGGAUGCAAAACAGAAGACCGCUUGGGAAAUCAUGCAGAAAGUUGAACCCAUUACUGCACAAGCUAACAGUGGAGAGAGUGGCCCUGAACCAAAGUGGCAGAAGACGCACAGAAUAGCAGAGGGGAUGCAGUCAGUCCAGUUGCUGCAGCCAGCACCUAACAAUCAGUCGACGCCACUGGUGGUUUCUCUGAGAAGACGAUCGCCACAAGUACCUUCCAAGGACUCUUCUACGACUUUGUCAUCAGAGAUGAAGAAAACGUCAAUUCAACAAGGACCCGGAUCACAAGAUCAUCAGGAGAGUUCAAAACAGAAAACUGUCCGUGAGAUUAUGCGAAAGGUUCAAGCCAUGACGGCACAGGCCAACAGUAGUGGUAACAAUGGGCCUGAACCAAUAUGGCUUCAAGCACUUCGACAUGCUGAGAGGAUGCGUCAUGCAACUCAACCAGUGCUUGAUCAACAGUUGCCUCCUCAAACCCAAUCUAAGCAACCUACACUGCUUCCUAGGCAAGCCAUCGCAUGUCCAUCACCGGUUCAGGCUGGACAAAGCACAGCUACCCUGGUUCCGGGAUUAAAACCCAUUGGACAUGAGAGGAAUACUUGUAUCAAGAGACAGAGCAUUAAGCCCGUACCAGCAGUCAUCAACACAGUUAAUGCCAUCUUGCCCCUGCCAAUGGCUAAAAGUGGAGGGAAUAUCCAGCAGGCCGGGCAAUGCCCUGUGUUUGUGGUACCCAGACGUAUCCAGCAGGUUGCUACAGGACCGCAACGCACGCAGCCUCAUCACCAGCAGGCAGUCAAACCACUAAGCCCUCAACCAACGUUCAAAGCUAAAAGGAGACAUAUGAAUCCUCCGAAGAGCCCAAUAGAUAUCAAUCCUCGAAAGCGACAAAAGCAGGUUUCACCAACUUCCAUCAGUGGGCUGGGUGGAGCUUGUACCUCGUCAAGCCCGUCUCCUCUACCUGCCGAAUCUUCAAUCAUCCCUGUGCUCUUGGAGACUGAGCUAGAGGACGUGCUCGCACAGGGGAAAUCCAUUUGUCUUGGAAGUGGGGUAUACGGCGAGGUACUACUCAAAAGAAGGAAGAAUGGACAGCUGAUUGCACUGAAACGCCUCAAGAAUGUGACUGAUGACGCGAAAGCUUACAAAGAGAUGUUAGAAGAGGUGAGAGUGAUGAUGGCCGUGCAGCACCGUCGUGAAUUUCCCAAGGUGGUGGGAAUUGUGAACCGAACAACCUUCGCUGUAGAGUUUGUUGGUGAUUCAGUGGCCCUCAAGUCCACACACCUACGCAGUGUGGUGGACUACCCUCCAGCUAAGCUCACCAAGCUCGGAUGGAUCAAUAUAUGCCUCGAUAUAUCGAGAGGACUUCACGCUUUGCAUCAAGCUGGAUGGUCACAUAAUGACCUUCACACUCGCAACAUCAUGGUGUGGCGAGACCCAAGAAACAAGUCGGAUGGAAACUGGGGUGCCAAAAUAAUCGACCUGGGAAUGGCUACGAGGAUAGACAACCCACCUCCUCCCUUCCAGUACAGCGUUGAGGAAAAGGCAAAAUGUUACAGGAACUGUAUGCAAUUAGCUCCAGAGCUGAUUGAGGGCACCUGUCAGUACGGAAUCCAAACGGACGUCUACAGUUUGGGUUACGUGUUCAGCGUCAUCUCCUUCCAAAAGCCAGAACUGGGGGUGGUCGACUCCAUUUAUUGUCAGUGUCGUCGAGUGCUGAAAGAUCGGCCAACGAUGGAAUCGAUUAUCCAGGAUUUGGAAGGAUUCCGGUGUGAUGUAGUGAAGGCGGCUAUGGCAGAUAUCAGAAAUAGACUGAACAGGUUAUCAAAGAUGGCCAAGGCAGCAAAAUUUCGUUAUUGAUAAAGUGUAAGGCUGCAAAGCCUAAACCAAUAUUCAAAGUAGAAUAAGGUAUCAGUGCUAUUUCAAAAAAAAUGAAAAAAAUUGAAAAAAUAAAAUUAAUUACACAUACACUUAUUUACUUAUAAAAUAUCAUUGUUAUAAUCAUGGCAUGAGUGUUAAUAAUGUGGAAAACGUGUGAAAGAAACGGACAUUCAUUAAAGAGUUAUCAGAGUUGGUAUUUGCAAAAUAGAAUUUCGAAAAGGUGCAGAUUAAUUUUCUUUCCUUAUUUGGUUACUGUUUUCAUCGUCCUAAAACCUAGGGCGUCAUUGUUGGAGACAUUGUUGUGUUUAAGAACGAAAUUCUGACUUUCUGCUGUACCUUUCCCAUGUAUCUCUACUGACACAGAAUUUUCGGAUAAACUGAUUUUGCGAUGUCGUCCUAAAAUUUGUAGAUAUUUCAAAUUUUACUUUUUAUAAGCUUUAUUUUUUAACACCAAGUUAUGGUGUUCUGAAAAGAGCUACGUGAAUUUAACAAUAUCAACAACUCGAGUUUUAAAGAAGAAAAAGACAAAAAGGAGUAGGCAGGUAGUUAAAGGGAAUUUCUAUCUUCUGUUUUGUUUUUAAAGAAUCAUUAAAACUCUUCAUCUGCAUUUAAA